AUGUUCCUGUCGUCCCUCCUUGCUGCCCUGCUUUCUGCAGCCCCCUUGACGCAAUCCGCGCCCGUCGACUACCCCCAAAUACCCGCAGAUCCGUACAACUGCGGGUACGUACGGCCGCACUGGAACGUCAGCGUCGUCGCCGGCGUCUUCGCGUAUGACUCCUGCUCGGCCUUCUUCUUCAACGAGACGCUCGGCGGCUGGCAGGAUGCCUUUGCCUACGCGCUCUACGGAGGGUGCAUCUGCCGCUUCUACACGUUUACGGAGGAUUGCUUGGGUAAUGUCAAGGUCCCGGAUUACCAGGGGCCGACUGAUAGGUCGAGGGAAUCGCUGUUUCCGGGCUCAAGGCCGAGCUGGUAUAGGUGCCGGAGGACCGAGGGUUGA